AUGGUUGCACCUUGGUUUGCUCUCUUCGAGGCUUGGGCCGUCGCAAAGCUCAUCCGAUCCCCGGGAUUUAAUCGCGCCGUGCAAAAGGCCUAUCGAAAGAUCAACAGGCUGCCAGACUUUGAGCAGAAGAAUGGCCAAGGCCGGACGGGCCCAUCAUCGCUUGAUCACUUCAAGGAUGAGGUCAAGAAUCAAUUCCGGGAGCUCACAUGGCAAAAGCGUCCUCCCAAGUGA